AACAGACGAAGACGAAGAAGGAGAAAAAUGGCGAGUACUCUCUUUAUCGCUCUCCAAUGUUACGAAUGUUCGACUAUGCAGGUGAAGCAGAAGAAGAAAAGCAGUAACAAGUGGGUUUGUGUGAUUUGCAAUCAGAAGCAAUCGGUGAAGAAGGUGUUUGCUCAAGGUUAUAAGGCUAAGGAGCUUCGUUUCUUUGUCCAAUCGUUUAAUAUGUCUCGUAAAGUUGCCGAUGAGGAGGCACAAGCUGUUGCAGAUUCGUGUUCGGAGGUUGAUGUUGAAAGAGAGGUUGAUGAGGAGGUUUUAGAUGUUAGUGGAACGAAGAAGCGAUCUGAUUGGAGUGAGUAUCUCGAUUUUGAUUCACCAAAUGAUCGCCGGGGAUUAGCUGGAGAAGAAGACGAUGUGAAGAUUGUGACUGAGAUGCCGAACAAUAUGUUCAAGAGGCCUAAGCUGAACAAAGAUUCUAAUGCUGGUGGAUCAUCAUCAAUUACAGGAAGUGGGAAGAAAGAAAGUAAUGAGAUCUUCAAGCCUUCCUUCUCCAGACGAAGCAUCAAAAAGCCAGAUUUGUGUUCUGGUAAGAGGAACUCUCCUACGUAUGUCAGUGAUAUAUCAGAAUCUGGUUCGAAUGGAGUAGUGACAAGGAAGAAGGAUAUAGAAGAGAGAAUUCUAGAGUCAGAAAGAGUAACUAAGCCAGCUUCAAAAUGGGACGCCUACUUGAUCGAUGAGGAAGGAGAACAUCAGGGACAACCACGAAUUGGUGGGAAUAAAGCCUUGAAGGAUGAAGCUCAUGUAGGCGAAUGGGACAAAGCAAUAAUGGAGAGAAAUGUGGUAUACCAGAUAGUAGACGACGAGGUACAUCCAGAUUUCAUGUGAUCAGGGAUAGAUUUAUGUUUAACCAGGAUGCAGAUUAUUAUGAUAUGCUAAAUGUAAAGUUUCUGAAACAAAUUUAGAGAUGCAAA